AUGCUCAAGGUAGAGAAGAACAGCGAGAACAGGAGCUUAAAGACCAACCGGCUCUUUCCCACGGCCAACAAGCCAGACCCCAUGCCUCAGAACUUGGCGUUCCUGUUCACCAAGAUUACACCGGAGCAGAUGAUGCACAUGUGGAAUGUGCUGACGGCGAUUUUUGUGUCGCAAGUUCUCAUGGUGUGCGCCUACUGUGCUGCGCUGGCAACUUUCCCAGAGCACUGGUGGACCUGCACACUCUGCUUCGGCAUUCCUUUUUCCUACAUUGCCAUCCAGAACAUCUACAUUGACCAUGAUGUCAUGCAUGGCUUCCGGUGUACGAGUGGCAGAAAUUCCUCACCCACCCCUUUGCGGAUUUCUUUCCCUGCCUUGGGAGGAGUUCGUGCUUGA